AUGUCAUUUUAGCCAUUUGACAUUUUGACAACGAAAAUUAUAAAACUUUUUUGCUGAAGUUUUCUUUUUUAACAAAAAGAAAUUACACAAACAUCCAAUUAAAUAAAUCCAAUCCUGGAUUAUUAAAUAUCUUCAAGACAAUGUCUGACCCACAAGAACCAAGUUUAGCAGCAGCAGAAGAAUCAAACAACGGAGUAAUCGGCGAAGCAGAACCAGAAAAUUCCGAAUCCAAACUACAAAAUGAAACGACCACGGCAACUGACGCUGACGCCACCACAGUCACGACCACCGUCGGUCCAAUUGUUGAAGAAGUAAAUUCAAGUUUCAAUCCCUCGGUCUCAGACGAUGAGAUCGAAAAAGAAGACUUGGAGAAAAUAAAAGGAGACGCAAUCGGCAACACUUUGUACAGCGAACGAUUUGUCCUUUCAACGCUGCUGAAACUCACAAAAAUCGAGAAGGACCUAAGCGAAGAUGAGCCCUUCGAGAAGGAUUUGUGCUCCCUGUGGAACAUGACCAUCGAGGCGGAUGUCGUUAAGCUCCUUCUCGACCACAACGUUCCGGAAAUAUUCACAGACAUCAUCGAAAAGACCGAAGACAAACGUCUCACAGAGAUUCUUGUUGGCAUCAUAGCGAAUAUGUGCAGUGUUCAACAGACCCGCAAAGAUCUGUGCUGCAAUUCACAGGUAAUGUCCGUACUACUCAACCUCAUCUCCUGCACCGACAGCUUGACACUCAUCCAAUUGAUGAGAUUCUUCUAUGCAGUGGUCAGUUCCGAAAUGAACUCAGGAGAUGAGGUCUUAUGGUUUCAACAUUUCAAGGAAUGUGAUAGUUUCAUAGAGAAUUUUGCCUUCAUUUUGAAUAACUCUGCGAAUUUAACUCUUCUCGUCAAUGCUCUGUCGACGCUGGAAGCUUUGUGUGUAACAUUCGCUUUGAUUGAAAUCCAGCCAGACACCAAGGAUCUGUGUUUCAGUGAUGUAUUCGUCCAGCCCUGUUUGGUGGAGGGCAUCAUAGAAGCCUUCAAAACACUUCUGCCAGCCAGCAAGCUGGAACAGAACUCCAACGAAGAAGGUACCGCUUCGCCAUCGAAGAACACCAAAAAGAUUAUGACCCUGUUCCUGGACAUCAAUGUCAUCUUGUCUCCUUACGAGCAAAUCUCACAGAAAUGCUAUGAACCCUAUUUGGACGACCUCUUCCACUGCAUCUCUCAGAUCUUGUCUCCCCUAUGCCAACCAAUAUAUCUGCUUCCACUCACUUCCAACGAACAGGGCAUUGUGGAGAAUGUCAACGAACUAUUCCAGGCAUUCGGCGAUCCCUUCCAUGAGGUUUGUUUCGCCCAAAUGAUCUCGAUCUGGCAUCUCAUCGAUUCGGAUCGUGAGGCCAAAGAGAACAACGAACAGCAGUGGGGUGAUGAGGGCGAGGAGAACGACGAAGAAGUCAAUUCUGAAGACAUUUGCAUGACGAUUCUGGAGUUCCUCACUCGAACAGUGAUGAACACACUCGAGGACGAACUGGAGAGCGCCCUCAAGAUGCAUGCACCCAACACAAUACUUAAGCUGCUUAGUGCACUAAGUGCUGGGGACUCGGAGGAAGACAUCAAAGAGUGUUGCAAUAAAAUCAAAACAGUCUUUGAUAAGUUACAGAGUGAGAUUAAAACGGAGGUGGCAAAUGACGAAUCGAACGUAGUAGUUGCAAAUAGUUGCUAAGAUGCAAUUAAUUGAAAAUAUUAAAUUAUGUUAAUAUCUUGAUUUUUUAAAACAUUUAUUAAAGUAGUUAAGAAAGAAU